GUUUUCGUCACCGCUCAGUAGUUUGAUCUACCGUUGAUCUCACGGAUUUAUGCGGUUUAGUCUGCUUUAGUUUGGACUUAAAUUCGAAAGAUAGUUCCAGAGAGUCGUGAGUCUGCAAUGAGAAUGUAUGGUAGUGUUUGAAACAUAACAUGGCAGACUUUGAAUACGACGAUUCGACCUUUUACAGCUCUCGUCCUUUGGAGGAAAGAUGGCCGCCUUUGGGAGCAGCCAUCGACAAUCCCGCCGAAAACGGUGGAAAGAAUUCUGAAAUUUCGAGAAAGUAAGUAAUUUUUUUCUUCCAUAGUUCGUAAUGUGAUUUUGUUCAAUCGUUCAUGUUUGGAGCGAUUCCAACUUGCAAACAAGUUUUGCACGGUAGAUUUGUUUGCGGUCGGUUGCUAGUUCAUUUUGCACAUCAAUCUCUUCGUGUGAUCUUUCGUUCUCUCUCGCUUUUUCUGAAAAUAUUCUUAAUAAUUUUUGAUAAUAAUACUGCCGAAGCGAAACGACAUUAGUUUUGUAUCUUACUCGUAACUGUUGGUUUGAAAUUAGUCCAAGAAAUGUGUUAUUAGAUAAAUCCAAUAUCGAACAUGUAUUCGUUCCCCUCAUGAUCAUUUUCGUGGACAGUUCGUUUUUAACCGAAAUUCUUUUUUUCCAUGCUUAUUGUAAUUUGAACGUUGUUUUGAUGAAUUAGUGUAAUUUUAUGGAGGAUAAUUUGUCUUUGGAUUGUAUUUAUUGAUCACAGGAAUGAAGGUACGGAGAUUGAUUUGUCGAAAAGUUUUGUCAAUGAAAAUGUCUUUUUCUCUUUGAAUAAUUUAUGAAAAUAUUAGAGUAAAAUCAGCCUUUCAUAAUUGAAUUGACUCAUGCUAUAAAUAAGAACCAUUCGGAUCCUUCGCGUAAUGAUGGUUUAUUUUACUUCCUGAUUCUUUCGUGGUUUGUACGUGUCGACAUUUUUCAGAAUCUCCGAUUUCAAUAAUGCAGGAAACGUACAUGUGUGUCGGGUUUCCCUAUGGAACGACCCGACUAUUUUAUGAAAAUGUCUUUUUCACAGCAUGAUUAAUUCACUUAUGUUUUAAGAAAAAUGUCUGUAAGAAGAGAUUUUUUUUUCAAUUUGGCCUAUUAGCCAUAAAAAAAUGUUUGUAGUGAUAAAAAGCAGUUUAUUUUCAAAAACAGCCUCACUGUGCUUUUUUUUUUCCAAGACAAUUAAAUUGCUUAUCUAUGCAAAGCCUUUCUUCACUGGAUCCACAAUGUUAAAGUGCACAAAAUUUCAGUAUUGUACUCACUUUAUUUGAGAGGAUAAUGCAGGGUCAAUUUUCUUCUUAUAAACUCCACAUAUGCUAAAAUAACUUUAGAGACAGGGCUCUUGACAUGGUAAGAUUAUUUUAAAAAUUUUUAUCCAAGACUGAAAACUACAGAGUGUAACAAAAAUUUACCCCUUGUUAGGCAGAGUUUCUUUUUUGAUCACAAAGGAAUUCAGAAAAUGUUUCAAUUGUACACUUUUCUUGCAGUUGGCUUGUGUACACCUUUGUGAUAUAUUUUAUUAUAGCUGGUUAAUGUUAUUUGAAAAAUUUUCACCACCUUCAUUUAGUGGCUCUAUGAUUUGGUCAAAGCAGUUUAAGUCUGGCUCUCAGUCAGGUUGUACUCACUUUGCUGCAUUGCAUGGCACAUCCUGACCAUGACCCAAAUAUUUCCAUGUCUUGCUGUAGCACUUAGUCAAGAGGGACAUAAUAUUCAUGAGAAAUAAAUGAUCUAAGCUCACUUUGCUGGGCCAAGUUUUUUGCUUUGCAUGCCAUGUAUAUAACUAUCCUUCUUAUUUUUUUAUGAAAUUCAAGAAGUCCUUAGUGCAUGGAUAAUUGGGUACCCUGUUGAUAUCCAGAUGUAUAAUAUUAUAAGCUUGCAUAAUCUUUACUUGUAUUUUAAGUCGAUUCUGUAUGAAGAUUGAAAUAAAUAACCAAUUUACCAAUUGAAAGUAACAGUAUAGUUGAAAAUCAUCCAUGGUUAAGUUGGAAGACAGCUCACUAUGUACACGUAUGCAGCUCAUAUCACACAAUGCAUUUUCUUACUUGUUCUUGUGCUUUGAAAUCAAAGAGAUUUUUCUGGCCUUGAUUUUCAUAACCUAAAGCUGUUUCAUACCUAUUCAACCAGCCUUAACUGAGAGAGAAAAAAUACAAUGUAUAUUAAAUUCUUGGCACAUAAGUUUCCCAGAAGUGUUUUUCCACCCACAGAUGUGGGAUUCUCACGUUGAUAUUCUAGAGGUGUGAGAUUCAAUGCAAUGCUUGUUUGUUUAGAUCACAAAGCAAUUUAUCUAAGUCUGAAGGUUACUUAAUGUUUGAAAGUAUAGACAGAUUAUUAAACAGUAAUUUUGGUUACUCUCUGUAUUGGAUUCUUCAGUUGUUUGUGAUUUCCCUCUCCCUGUAAGAGACUAUUUCUUCAUUAUCUUAUUCAGGGAAGUGUCACUAUCAAUUUCCAUGGUGAUGUUAGUUACCUUAAAGAAUUUGUAAAUCUGACCAUUGAUCAAGACAAACAGCUAAUGUGAAAAUAGAUUCUCCGUGACAGAAAUUAACAUGCACUGAAAACAGUAGGGCUAUUAGAUCUCCUAGGAGCUACCUACUAAAGAGAUUUUUGAAAAAGCUUUAUUUUAUACUCUUUGGGAAGUACCAGGUCAGAGGUGAGUGACAUAUAAUGUAAAAUACAGGACAAGUAAGGGUAAAUUUGGUAAAAUUGGUACACUAUGAUAUAAUUUCUAACUUACCAUUUGUGUAGGUCUCAAGGUUAUCAACAGAUUUUGAAUCAAAGGCACUUAUUUUUUAAGAAAGCAGCUACUUCUUUCUCUGAUAACACCAGAGAAAAAAUAUUCCCACAGAUUUGCCAGCCAACAACAGAAUAUAUAGUUUACAUAAGUGGUGGUCUUCUUGCUUUUAGCCAAUUUUGACAAUCCUCCCUCUGGUGAAUUUUAAAAGAUCAUACAGAAAGUUGCAAAAAAUUGUAUAAUUUUACUUGUCAUCAGAUGCAGAAAUAUAAUUUAAUUUCUGAAUGUAUUUUGUUCAUGAGUUGCAAAAUAAUGAAGUUUUAAUUUUAACCACUUGGUGGUGUAAAGUUAUCAAGAUUUGAAUGCAACUCUAAGCAGUGUUAAAAAGAUUCUUACUGCAAUUCUUUUCAAGUGAACUGAAAAUAUACUUUGCAGCUGCUUGGCAAUAAAUGUAGACAAAAUUAAACAAGUAAGGGCUAAUUUCUUCAUGAAAAUUCUUUGUUUUCAUUACUGGCAGUUGUUAAAAAAAAGAAUAUUUUUAACCUAAAAUCUACUUUGCAGCUGCUGCAUGAUAAAUGAUAGACAAAAUUAAACAAGUAAGGGCUAAUUUCUUCAUGAAAAUCCUUUGUUUUCAUUACUGGCGGUUGUUGAAAAAGGAUAUUUUUAACCCAAAAUAUACUUCGUAGUCUUGUAUUUAGAACAAGCCAUUUUUCCCAUUUAAUGACUGUUGGAAAGAAGCUCAUUGUAAAUGCUGACCUAGGUUUUGUUUUGUUGUCUUAUGUUUGCUUUUUUUGUUUUUUGGCAUUGUCUGAAAGCUGAGUUUUUGUGCUACAGCUGUAUAACAUGUCUUUCGUACUCUUUUUGUUACUCUCUGAAGCUGUAGUCUAUCCAUAUAGUAUUAAUAAUUAUUAUGUCUGUAGGAUAAAGAGUGUCAUCUUUGCAAUUUGUUGAGGGAAAAAUAUAUAAUUAUCAAGGAUAUCACUUGGAUGAAUUAACCUUAGAAGUUUCCAGUGCCUAGCAACUGGCUUUUUCAAGGCAGGUUCAUUAACAAAACCAUACACUGUUGGAACACUCAAAAAUAAAAUUAGAAUGACAGACUUAAGCUUGCUACCAUCAAGACUAGACUGUUAAACAUGGUCAAAAAAGGGGGAGAGUGACCCUGUAACAACUGUACUGUUAAGUUACGUAAUGCUAUAAAACAGCUAAAGUGUAUUGUAUUUUAUCCAAGAAGUUCAAUGUGCAGACUAACUUAAGUAGAGGUCUUUGUUUGUCAAUUGAGUUCCACAUUGAUGGACUGUUACACCUUUGUUAAUGUCACUUGAGGAGUGAUUUUUAUUGCUAUUUUACUUUCAAUUGUAGUUGUAAUGGUGACCAUAUUUUGACCAUACUUUGCUAUUUUGUCUUUUAAUAUUAAUUUUUCUCAUACAUUUUGUACAUACAUGUAUCAAUUUUGUUGAUCCAGUUUAAUUUGAGUAGCAGUUUACAGCAAGAAAGGUAAUUUUUCUGUGUUGUUGUUGAUUAGGUCAGAUCCUGAAAAGAUCAGAGACCUUGAGGAUGAACAAGAGGAGUUGAAUGGCUCUCUACUUGCUCUUACAAGCCAUUUUGCCCAGGUACAUGGCUGUAUUUUUUAUUAUUAUUACUUCUUUCUUUGGAGAAGGAUGUGUAAUGUAUUUAAAUGGAGUGUGCAAGCUUGGAGCUUCCAAAAUUUAUAAAAAUAAUGUCUGGGCUAAGACUCUUGGUGAAAGACUCAUUUAAUCUAACCCUGGAUCAUUGAUAAUAGUUUAAAACAAUGAUUGGUAAUGGCUGCUGAACCUCACUUUGUUGUGUUCUUUACACAUGUACAAAUAGGUCCAGUUUCGAUUGAAGCAGGUUGUUGCUGCUCCUGCAGAGACUAGAGAGGUUUGUUAAACACACUGAACAAGAUGUGCAUGUCUAAUCAGAUAUUCAGACCAAUCUUUUCUUGUAAUGCAGGGAGAGACCAGGCCCAGUUGUUGGAAGACCAAUUAGUGCCAACCCAGGGUUAAAUUUUUAAUCUAGGUUUUUUUAUUUCUUUUAUCCAAAGCCUUUUAGGGAAAAAUUUCCCUAUUCUUUUUUGAACAUCCAACGAUGAAAUUGCAAGCAAAAAGAUUUUGUGUUAAUUUUCUUUGAAAGCUUUAAGACCUGAUAUGAAAUUCCACCCUAACCCUGCAUUAUCUUAACCCAGCUUUGAACAACUCGGGCCAGGAGUCGAACUGCAUGAUGUUCAAAUAUACAAAAAAAGCAUUGUGUACAAAUUAUUCCUUUAAGCCUCCAGGCAAAGUUUUUCUAAAACUUUCAUGUGAUAUGUUAAAUAAAUGCAACACUUUUUCAUGGUAGUAAUACUCAUGUAUGCAUUCUUGUCUACUUUUAAUUUUUAAUUCCAUAUCAAGCUGUAUGUUAUGGGUUAAAUUGAUAUCAAACUAGGUUGAAUGUGCUUUUAUUUGUUAAAGAAUAAUGAUGGUAUAGCUUGAAAAAAGAAAAUUCAAAUUUUGCUAGUUGAAAAUCAUCUCACCUAAAGCUAAAUUCUUGUGAAGCUGCAAUACAAACUAUGGAAACCGUAAGAAUUCGCAUGUGAUACAUGUACAUGUAAGUACAUAUAGUACACUAUUUGUGCAUACUCUCUAGAAAGGUAUUUCACUAUAUUAUACAGUAAUAUCUAAAUUAUUUGUGUUUUGUUUCUUUGGCAGCGUUUGUUGAUGGAAUUGGAAGAGUUUGCUUUCCAAGGAUGCCCUGAUGUACGUGGUCCAAAAGCAAAGGAAAGUCCAAAGAAGGCAUUGAAUGAUAAUGGUGCAGGAGAAAAUGUAAGUUUGGAAACAUUUGUUUGGAGUGUCGAUUGAUGGGGCUGCAUUAGCUUAGGAAUACCGAGUAUGUUCACUUUCAACCCCUAAAGAUCCCGUCAAGACUUUCAAAGAUUGAUAUGAGGCCAAAGUGAAGAUCAUGCAAUUAUGUAGUCUGAUUGUGCAAGUAAGAGUAGUCCUGAGAGGGAAUGUUUUCGGUAGGGACUAAUGUGUGGACAACCAGAGGGGAGGUGGUCUGAUCCAAGGCUAGUAAGAAGUUGCCCAUCAGUCAAGUGUUAUUUACAAGACUGACCUACAAGUUUAUGCAAAUCAGGCUUACAGACUACAACUGUAACAUUACUAUUAUAAUAAUAAUUGUUAUUUAAUUUUUGAAAAUCUCUUUCAUUUCAAAGCUCACUUAGGGGUUUUUUUUCCUUCCAAUUGCCUACAACAGCCUCAAAAAGCUCUUAAAUUAACUUAUAGAGAGUUUCAAAUAGCUGUUGUCAUUAGUUAAAAAUUGGUUCAUUUCCAGCAAAUUCUUACCUUAACCUUGAAGUUUGCAUGUGAAUAUUUUUUUUAUCCAAUAAUAAGUAACAUGAGGCUUUGAUGGAACAAAAUGCAAUUUUUGUACAAAUGUAAGCCAAGAAAAACAACCCCUGUAGAAUGAUGCAAAUGUAACCAUUAUCAAUAAUAAAAUGCCCAAACACAAUUACAGUGUACAGUGUACAUGUACUUUUUUCUGGCACCAAAGUGUCCUCUCUCCAGAAUUCAACAAAAAGUAAUGACAGCCCUUAAGCCAUGACAUCUGGGAUCAUCUUUUUACAAAUUUAUAGAUGGCACUAGAUUUUCAGUCCACAAUUUUUUGUACCACAUUGAUGUCUUGAAAUGAUUCAUUUUAUGUAACUUAUCUUUUUCCUCAAAUAUUUAGAACUUACAGGAAUAUGAACUAAAGCUGAGUGUGGAGAAAAGGAAACAAGCUAGCCUGAUAGGACAGCUGAAAGAUCAGUUAGAAGAAAUGGAGAAAUGUGUGGCUAUGGUAAGAUUAACACUUGUGGUGAUAUUACAUGUACUUAUAGAUUGAAAUAUUAGAAAUUUAAAAAAUUAGCAAAUUGAAAAAUUGGUUUGAAUCCAGGAUAGUCAGGUUGUAGAUGGGUGAGAAUACUGUACUUUCUUAUCCUUCAACUGCUAAGAGUGAUACUCACAUCUUAUUUCUCCCUAUAAUAUCAGCCCUGAGUCUCAUGUUAAGGUCAUGAGAAUAAAGGAAAUGGUCACCAACUAAAGAAGCUCUUGAUUGUUCAACUAGUUCUCCUUGUCAGAAAGCUAGGAAUCAUGUAGAGAACAGUAUGGAGAUUAUGCAUACUGAUGUUAGGGUGAAAAGGGUUAAAAUGUCUCUUUCUCCUAAUCACCUUUCUGCAUGUAAAUUUGACAUUGUGAGGAGAAAUUGCUCAUUGAUCAUUCAUGGAAUGGACAGGUUUAAUAGCAAUAAAGCAAUUUAUUGAUAGUCAAAAUGUGUUUCCUAACUAGGGAGCUUCUGCAAAUGUGAAUGGAGAAAUAAGCCCUGAAAAGCUUGUGGAGAAGCAACGGAUUGUGAUUGAGGAAUUGAAGUAAGUCCAACUUUGUCAAGUAAACCUUGGGUUUUUAACACAGCAAAACAGUUGAUAAUUUACAUGUAUCAUUUUUCACAGUUACAUGUACAUUAUUUAAUAAUAAAUUCUUGACAACACGUUUAAUAAUCUAUGGGAAAUUUUUUCCUUCAAUUUUAAAAGCCAACAAAAUAAAUAAAUGUUACCGGCAAUUAAGGGAUAAUUUACGUGUAGCAUGACUUAAACUCAGGAUGAAAUUAUAUAUUUUUUUUCUAUUGAAGGCAAUUAUAUUAUUUAGUUGAUUGUUUUGCAUGAUUGUUCUAGUUAUAAAGAUUUUCAUGAGCAUAUUGAUAAUAGUUGACAGAAUUAAAUAUGAAAUGCACAUAACAUAUUUUUUAAACUUUUUAAUAUGUAUCUUUAAGUUAAACUGUUUCUUGUUUAAAUUUUUAAAUUGCUGAAAAAAGGAAAUGCUAGUUGUUCAAAACUGACAGUUUUAAGAUGAUAUACAUUUACACUGUUAGUACCUGCAUGCAGUAAAUUUGUAAUCAACUUCAUGUGAAAAUUAGCACAAGCAUGUUAACAUGGUCACGCUUAGUCGAUAGGCUUCAUAAAUCUUUUUUUUAUUUAUAUAAUAAAAGAUGAGACAAGUACAUAACUAUUAAAUUCUUAAUAAGCAGUGCUCAAAGGACCGUGGCCUGUGAACUGGUGUUAUUGGGGAUGAGACUUGCUGCGGCAGAUAUACGGUAUAAAUGACAGCAAACUUUUAAACAAAUCUGAUAAACUUUAUAACUUCAUAAAUGACCCCAGACUGUUGAUUGUGAUUGCAUGGAAGAGAGAGAGAGAGAGGUGUCAUGAAAGAAAGCAGUUGUUAAACUAAAACAGGCAUCAUAACCAAUCUACAGUGUGUGGGGUCAUUCUCAUCUAAACAAUCACACUUAAAGCAAUGAAUAAAUUGUUGGAUGUUCAAUUUAAAACUUUAAAACUUUGAUCUAACCUCUAAACUAUUGAAAACAAAAAUGUAUGAGAUAUCUAAAAUGUUAGAAUGAAAGAGUAAAAGGAGACUAAAGAUUUGAUAUGUAAAAUAAUGUUAAAUUUUGUACCUGAGAUCAAUCUAAGUUGUCACCUCAAUUAUCAUUAUAUGAAAACAGUCUAAACAAGUGACUAUAAUUUUAAUUUUUUUAGCAGAUAUUGUUUUCUUCUAUAAGGUGAAACAAAUAUUUUUGUUUGAAUUUGAAUUAACUGAUGAUCAUGUUUUAAAUGCAAAACUUGUUUAUUUUCUUAAGGACAAAAAUGGGUCUAAACUUAGAUGGAAUAGAAAAAUUAAGGUGAGAACAACUUUCAUUCAUCUUUGAAGAAAGACAAAAGAAACAAGGAAAUCACUAAAUGAAUGCUAGAGCUGUUCUCUAGCAGUGCUGGAUCCUUACUUUAGCUCUUGGAAGCCUGGGAAAAUCUUAAUCUUUUUGCAGAAAGCAUAUAUGUUGGGCAGUUUUUCUCCUGGGCAACUAGGUUUUUUUAUGUAGAAAGCAUAUGCCAGACAAUUUCAGAGGAUGGGCUCCCUUCAAAGUUUUCCUAGAGCACAACCUUGCAUAAAAAUAAACAACCACUUACCGUGUGUAGUUGAAUCAUGUUAGUUAUUUUCAACUUCCAUUGACUUCUAUGCUUCAUAUUUAGCAUUUUCCACCAUUUUUCACUUAGGCCUGGUUUUCAGAUGCUGAACUUUUCAGAACCAAAUGAAAUUUGAUUUUAGUUUGACCUAGAUAAAUGUAAACAAAGCUUCAUGUACUGUGUAUACCUCAAGUGUUAAGUUAGAAAUCAAACUUGAUUUGAUAAUUACAAUGCGUCUUUUAUGUUUUUUUUUCUAUGUUAUUGAUACAUUAUUAUUCAGAUUUAAGCACAUUUUAAAUCUGUCACAAAUUUUAGUCAAACAAAUGUAUGUUGUAUUUAAUAAUUACUAAUUGAAGGCAAACAGAAUAUUAUUCAUCUCGAGGAAUUAGAGUCUGAAGUGAAUAUUUAUUUUAGUAUAAUUGCUCUGAUGCUUUGUUAUUCUGUUGUAAAUUUGUUUUGUUUUUGAAACCAUUCUGUUAAAAUUUUUUUGAUUACUGGUAUUGAGAUGAGCAGCCAGAUUCCAUUAGAAUUUGACAGGCCUAUUUAAUUCAAUCAGCUAAAACUUCAUAUCUUUCUUUUGAAAAGUGGUACACCAAACUUAGAAGCAUCUUUUGUGCUAUUUAGAAAUGAUAUUUCUUCUUCUGCACUUAUCACUUCCUCUAUAACUUUGAGGAAAUGGGAGGCAGCCAUUGUGAAAUCUAGCACCCCUGCUAUAAUGACCUUGCACAAGGUGAUUACAACAAGAUAUGAUGCAAUCCUCAACCAAUCAGAGUGUGCACAUCUUUUUAAUCACUGGAGCAAUUAUACUAUUUAAAGCCAAAUUAUCCCUACAUUAUGUACAUUAAAAUCUCUCUGUCAUUUCUCUCUGUGUUUCAGCAAUGAUGAUGUGCGAAAGAAUGUUGACAGUGCUAUAGGAGAGGUAAGAAGAUUGAAAUUAAAUGCAGUUCUGAUGGAGCCUUAUACAAAUCAUUGUCUUACUUGGAAAUGUGUAAAGCAUUCUUGACUGUACAAGGUUAAUUACUGGAACUAAUUAUGUUUCAUUUUGGUUUUCAUGACCAGCUGAUGAAUCCUGUCAAGACAAAGGUGGGGAGACUAUAGCUACUGUUGUAAAAAAUUCUAUUUGCUUUUAGUAUCUUCUUUGUUUUUUUGUUGAUCAAUAGUUAACUCUUUUCAUUUAGGAAGAACUUGUUAAACAACUCACAACUCAAAUUGCUGAUCUAGAAAGAUUUGUCACCUUUUUACAAGGUUUGUGUUUAAAAUAUAUGUUUAUUUAAUUACGUGUUUUUUUUAAAGCUUUUAGCCACUGGUUUGGUAGCCCUUAUUAUUACAUGUAAUCUUUUAACUCCCAAGAUCUGGUUGAUAAUUCUCCUCUCUAGCUGCUACACAUUUCCUUGUAAAUAAGUUACAAGAAUUUGUAGUUAAAUCAAGGUAACAACUUCUACCUGAUAAGUUUGAGUAUUUUCAUUACCCGUUAGCUGGGUAAUGUUUGGAUAUUAUAGGGAAAAGAUACAUAUGAAUCGCCUCUGGGAGUGCUUCCCAGGCUUUGCCCUUAUCGUGGCGUUUUCCUGAGAGGGUUCCAGCGUCAGUUUCUUUUCCUGGUAGUACAGAGAGACAUUGUAAGAACGAAGUGUUCUGAACUAUCAUAGCGACCUGAAAUGACUUAAAAACACGAGCCUUUGGAUACAGAGUCUUGUCUAUUAACCCUUUGUAAUUUGUAAUUCUCCUUACUGUCAACCAUACGAUUCUUAUAAUGUUAGUUCAGAGAAUUUAGUAUGGGAUCGAGUAAUUAUCCCCAAAUUGAUAUUUUUCUUUAUUCUCAUCGCUUAUCUGGUUGAUAUUGUAUUGACAUUGUAAGGAGAAAUUCUGUCUUGGUCACUCAUGGGAGUUAAAGGGUUAACCACUUGACUACUGCGUUGCUACACGCGUCUCUUCCUUCAUAGUUCAUUUAUUGUCUUACAGGAGAAGUUGAGAAUGCAGAGGAGCGCACUGAACGAGCUAAACAAUGUCCGUGCCCUGUACAUGCCAAAAGAGGCGGAAGAAAGCAAAAAGAUCGACUGAGGGUAAAUUGUAAAUUUCUUUGAUUGUAAACAUGGUGGAUGAUCUUUCUGCUAUUUGAAAAUUUAUCAAAAUAUGUAGAAGUUGUCUAUGAACAAGGAAGAAUUCGAUGAAUAGACAUUAGCCGAUUAAAAUUUAUCCUUCGCCAACACUAGCAUGAAAGUAAAGCCUUUAAAAGACUCUUCAAUUUGUAAAAGAUGUUUUAAUUGUUAGUUCGUUUGAUUGUUUAUUUAUUAAAGGGUAAAGGAGCGCACAGAUCAAUGGAAUAUUCAUCGGAGAGCGAAAACAAGCUGGAUUAUCCAUGUGACUACAGUUUACAAGAGGAUAUGUCUGGCAGUGACGAUGGUAAUGGGUGCUGUCUUCACGUGCCUCCCGUGCCUGAAACACCAGAGCAGGUCCAUAGUAAGGUGAGAUAUGACUCGUAUAGUUUGUAGAUAUGACUCGUAUAGUAUGUAGCUUUGUGUUUCUCCGCUAAAUGUCAGUUCAAGUUUAGUUACUUGCUGCUUGCGAGUAUUGAUUUUCAUUCCUUGAUUACUUUAUUAGUAAUAUCUCAAAUAAACUUUCCUUUUUUUCUCUUUCAAGCAGAGAAUCCGAGAUGCAAGCCUGGCCAUAAUCAAAAGAGCGCUGGCAAUUUUACAGUUGUUUGCGAUAAGGUGAGGCAAACUUUAAUGAAUGACUUUCUUUUAAUUCUUUCUGCAAUAAGAAGUGAGGUUUUCAAAAGCUAGAAGCGCGUUUCUCGUUAUGCAGCCUGGAUUUAAGUUGUGGUAAGGGAGGAGUUGUUUGUCUGUCGAGUGCAAUAAAUAUUAUGUUUUGUGAAAAUGUGAUUGUUCAAUUUUACCGUGGUUAUUGUCUAUAAGACUCGAGAACUAUGAGUCAAGAAGUCAAAGAAAUACCUCUUGAAAGCGGAAAGUCGUGCAAUUUACAGUUAGAAUUAUAUUGUACCAAAAAACGAAGAGACGCUUUCCAGCCGCUCUUCAGGUUUUAGGAUAACAAGAGAAUCCCAGCCAUGGUAAGAUCUUGUAAAGGAUCGACAAGACUCUUAGAUGGCCGGACCCAACAAUUAUGUGUUGACAUUGGUUAUCACUGAGGACUUUAAGUAAUGACUUGUUAUGUUGCUGUGGCUAAUUUCCUUUUAUUCCUUGUGUCUUAAAGUCAGUUUGGGUGUACUGGGAAACAGAUUCAAGACCAGAUUAUAAGAAAAGCUACUUCAGUAGCCGCACCAGGAUACUUGUGAGUAAUUCAGAUCUGAGUUAGCCAAAAAGGAGCUAAGAUACUUUAAGUCGAAGAAAAGUUGUCGGAAGAAGGAGAAUUUUCUAUGACACAUAAGUCUCGAUCAUGCAAGGAAGAAAAAAUUAUGAGUUCCCGGGGCGCGAAGACUCGAACCUCAGACCUUCCUUUUUUGCGGUACGAUGCUCUUCCACUGAUCUACAGAGAACCAGUUGGUGCGCUAGAUCAAUUGCUAUUGUAUAAGUGAUCAGCGUCCAGCUUAGUCCUGGAAUCAGCAAAGUUUACAGCGUCAUGGCUUGAAAAAGAUUUAAAAGCAAGUUGAAGCUUAAUUAUAGUCGAAAUUGAUCAGCUUUAAUCAUGGUUGUAAAACUAGUCCAUCUUUUGUUUACAGCGAAAAUCUUGCACAGCUCCAGCAAGCUGUGCUGAAAAUUAUCGACAUCAAAUCACGUGAGCCUCCCAGUGAUGGCGAAGAGUCUGGCUCUAAUUCUCCUCAGUCUCCGAUGGCCGUGCAAAGACGGUCUCGAAUUCGCACCAGUUCGAUGUCUUCUGAUACCACAGAAAGCAGUGACAGGGUAAGAUAACAAGUAAAUAAGACUAAAGUAAUAACAGUGAGCCAUCAGAACAAAGGAUGUUAACACAACAGUAUAAUAAGAACUUGAACCUAGCAUAUGUUCACCGGUUGAAACGCGGGAAAACGUUAGUGACCAAGUCACGAUUGGUUUUUUCUUAGCAUGUGAUUGGCCAAAUAGGCAGCGUGCUUUUUUUUUUAUUUUUAAAGCCGAUUACUCAGUAAAGUUAAAAUGAAACUGUUGAUAUCCCGAAUCACUUGAAUCGAUACUCAGUUGAAAAUUUCUCGAAAUCCUAACGGCUGUUUUGAUUUCAUUCCAACCUGUUGUACUCAAAGGCAAUCUUUAGUUAUUACCAGAUGCAAUUAUUCUAUUUAUCUCCUUCUUAUUUUGUUCAUUAAUUUUUUAGUUUGAUUACGCCAGAGAUGCUGAACUGGUGAAUGUCGUUAGAAAAGAUCUGGCCAUGGCAUUGAAGGCUUUGUUUCAACAUGGACUAGUGAGGGUGAGGCACUACUGACUGAGCUUUAGACCCUCUCUGUAUUUCUAUAUCUUCUUCUUUUCCUUUUUUUCAUUUUUUAGUUAUUUAUUUAAGUUGUAAAGUCCUUUAGCCGAAAUAGAUAGUCGAAAACAAAGCGAACUGGGAAUGAACAUUCGGGAAAUUUCAAACAGGUUCAGAUGUUCAGUCUUUUGUCAUACAUUCAUUAUUUUAGUUGCCAAGCCCCAAAAAUCUGCCCUGCUAAAGUUAUCCUUCAAACUAGCAUAGCUAUUGGACAGUAUUGAUACGAUUUGUUUGUUCAAGUUUACAUUUAUGUUUUCAGUCUGUCGACAAUCGUCUCAUAUCUUCCAAGUCACUCGUGGCAUGUAUUGUACCAACAACAAGGUCUUCCUUUCCCAAGAGAAUGCAUAUAUGGGAACUUUUCAAUGAAUAUUACGGAAUGAAGGUUGGUUUCUCUAUGUUAGUUACAGCCAUUUAGUUCCACUUGUUGACCUUCCCUGCCGAAACUGUACGAGCUCUUCAACGUUCUUUAUACAUAAUCCAUGAACAUGUACACUACAACAGAACACACUCUGAAACCUUGGAGCCAUGUUACGACUGACCACGUGUCGUCGGCCAGUUCUUCUCCAGGCUUAACUCUUUUUUUUGUUAAUUUGUGGUCUAUUGGCAGUCUUGUUAGGUACCGUAGUUAUCUCUGGCUCGUUAGGUUACCCCCUAUGGUCAGUAAUGUUGAAACUCACUGUUUUUUUUUUCAUCAAUAUUUGUUAGCAUGGUAGAGAAUAUAAUUCUACGCCUGCUAGACGGCUUUCUGAGGCGUUUGGUAUCGAAGUUCAAGGUACAAACAUCGUCACAGCCAAACAGGUGAGUGUAUGUUUCCGAAAUAUUCAUCCUGUCUUUUUUUUUUUCUUUUUUUUCUUCUUUCAUCAACGAACCUCUCAAAUUCUUUAAGCCUACCAUUCUCUUUCCCUUAGAAAAUUAAUAUUGACCAUUAAACUGAUUCACACGUUAGGCCAAUAAUAAGUGAGCUCAGGAAGUAUUUUCAGCCUCUUGAUGUUGACACACCCGUAAUUCGGUAUUCUGGUGCCUGUCUGAUAUGCCAGUAUUUGUUGCCUCCUACAAAAAAGACUUACACACACCUUUACUCAAGGUUUUUUUAAAUAUUGCAAUUUAUCUUUUUAGACCCUUUUGAGAACACUGCAUAGAAUAAAAACAACACACGAACCCUGUAGGAGAAGUAUGGAUGCAAUGGUAAGCUGUUAGCUGGAACACCCAGUUUUGUAAAUAGAUACAUAUCUUUCUCUGCAAGACUCUAGUUGCAAUGAAACAUUUUGAGGUAAAAUCUCUCUGCUGUAGCAUUGAUGCUUCUUUAUUCGUAUCAUUUUACAGCCGUCUGAAUUUGUGGAAAUUGUUUGUGUUCUUUACAUUUCACUUUUCGCGUAACGACUCUUCUUCUAAUUAUUUGUUUUGUUUUUUAUUUCUUUUCCAGUUCAAAUCUUUGGUGUGCGCUGGAAUAAAGUAAGUUGCGUCUAGCGGUUUCUUGGCGUCAUAAGAGUUCUUUAAUCACAGCCAAUCUGUUUUUAAAAACAUUCACUUCAUUGAUGUUGAUUAUGAGUAUAUCAUAGGAAAGUAAUGCAAGUGGGUGUUUUUCCCUGACGAGGGAACUGACCCCAAAGGUUUUUUUACUGAUUACAGAAGAAGAAUUUACUCUAUUAGAUAUAUUACGAUAAUAUUCUUAACCCUUUAACUCCCAAGAUUUAAUUAGUAAUUCUCCUUACUCUCUGCCAUACAAUUCAUGUGAUGUUAGUUUGGAGAAUUUGCAAUUGGAUUAACCAAUAAUCCCCUAAUUGAUAUUUUUCUUUAUUCUCAUUACUUCUCUGCUUGAUAUUAUACUGAUAGUGUACGGAAAAAUUCUGUCUAGGUCACCAGGGGGGCUUAAAGGGUUAAUUUUUGAAAAAAAAAAAACAUGUUCAUGAUUCCUUGCCAUAAUAGGGCCAUUACACUUAAAGUAUCGAUACUCUACCGGCCAAUAGAAAUGGAAGGCUCUUAGGUUCACUUUCUUUCACUGAGCUUUGUCGCCAUUAACGGAGUAUGUGUGGGGUGUGGGUUACCUAAGUCCCCCCCAUUUCCUCUCCCAACCUUUUAUUUAUUUCUCGAGGGUCUGACUUCUUUCUUUAAAUAUUUUUCAGUCAAAAAAGACUGACUCACUGGUGUCGUCUCAUCGUGAAGAGUUCGUCACUCUUGGAAGAACAUUACCAAUCAUGGUCGUACGUUUUAAAAACGGGUAAGAUUUGUUUUAUAACAGGUUAAACUUGUUCUAACGUUUAAGCGGAGGCUUUUUCUAAUGGGUAUUUUUGGCUGUGGGGACAUUUCUCCAUCCAUAAGCUACAAAGGUUUUGGCAAACGACCGAGUUUUUCCACGUCCAUAACGUAGGCGUAGCUGACCUGAUAAACCCUGCGUUUGUUAACAAAACUUCACAUUUAUGGAAAAGAAAAGUGAUUACAUAGAGACUGCGACUUCAAGAUAAAGUCUCCAACAGCCUUCUUCGCCCUCUUCAAGUGGUUGAAAACGAGGCAAAGCUAGUAAACCCCGAAGCAAAGUAAAGUACCUCUUUAAAACUAUGCUGAGAGUUUGACCUACUCAUCUCACUAGUUGUAAAUGUAUAAUCAGAUUCGUUAUAUGAGGGAGAAAUAUACUAUAUUUUUUAUUCGAUUCUCUGUUAUGAUCAUCAUCUGACUCAACUGUUUACUAUUUUCCAGGAAUGAAUGAGGCUUUAGAACACUUGGAUCGUCUCAAUGAGUAUAAUUUCCAUAUCCCUGAAGAUUUGGCCAUAAGACAUCUAACCAAGAUAAAUGACGCCUUUGGAGACACUUGACUACUGACUGAAUGUAAAUGAGUCAGUUCAUUUGAUCUGAGAAUGGAAAAAAUAUUAAAAGGCAAUUUUCUUUAAGAACUCUGGUAACGUUUGACUUAGAAAAUUGAUGAGCUUAUGUAGUGGUAUUAUUUUGAGAUCCAGUUUAUUUCAUUUGCUAUCAAACAAAUCUGCUAUGAAACUCCGGUUGAAAAUAUUGUUUUUCUUGGGAUAAUAACUCUAUGUACAUAUUUAUUUUGCAGUAUAGAAAUCUGCUUUUGUACGUUUUACCUUUUUAUGUAUGUUUUGUUCACGAUUAUUGUCUUUGAUUCAAUGGUGCUAUUUUUCUUUACUUUCGCUCACCUAAAAAUGGUGCGUUUAUUCAACAGAAAAUUAUCGUCAUGAACAAUUACCCUUUUGUUUCUAAUAAGACUGCACAAAUAAAUAACUAUAAUUAAGCUUAUGUUUAUAUCUUUAAAGAGAAACUAUUUAAAUUAUUGACUCAACCGUAAAACUUUCCUCUUAAGAAAUUAUUAUGGAUUACUGAAGAACGGGGUAUUUUAAAAUAAAUUCAUAUAUAUCAACAGAAUGUACAGUAAUACUGUUGGUAGUAAAUAUAAUUGAUGUAACAUUAAUGACAAAUCGCUUUCCUGAGAGGAGAAAUUCACAUCCUAAAGUGCAAUAAUAUGCCAGGAAAAUACAGUUGGAAUACAGAUAUGGACUCAUGAUAUUGCUUCUUGUACAGUAAACGUAGAGGCUGCU